UGUAUAGUUCUAUUUCAGACGGACUGCGAGGACAGCCUGGCGAUUAUUUCUCUGUUUGAAGACGCUGUCUUCUGUCUAUGGAAAGAGUCGAAUGAAGCGUUUUUAGACAGUCUGCAUACGAUAUACGAUGACGAUGAAGUCGAGAUGGAAUGGGACUACAGGACGGAAUACGCCCAUGAUGUCAGUGACGACAGCAGCUGGCUGAUACAGCAUGACGUCGUCAAGAGGGGUGUCUGCGACAGCUGUCAUGGCAAUAUCCAAAAUCUGGGACACAUCACAGAAGAUCUUAAAGCCACGUUGCAUUACAGCGGAAUGAAGAGUGACAGUGUCCGGACGGCUUGUAUGUCCUGCGGAAAUGUGGCGGAUGUAGACAAUGAUAGUGCUGCACGUGCGCAUAGUGAAUGCCCUUCAAUCGAACUGGUCUUAAACUGUACAAUUCAAUCAAAUAAUCUGCCACCCAAGGGUCGCCCUCAGCUGGUCGACUGCGCAACUCAAACUGAGAUUCAAACCUCUGUGGGCCAGAUGUGGCCAGGACUAGCAGACAUGCCCCGAUACCUUAACCCAAUUUUAACGCAACUUAUUAAAAUCGGUCUACAGAUACCUAAAGCCUUGCAGUGGUGAUUGCGUCGAUAACACGUACAUAAAGUCUUGCAGUUGUGAUUGUGUCGAUAACACGUAAAUAAAGUCUUGCAGUGGUGAUUGCGUCAAUAACACGUACACGAGGCGCUUUGUUUUAUAAGGGUUGCGCAGUCCCAAGUUUUGUGCCCCUUAGUAAUCUGAAUUUAAGAUUGCUUACUUUAAUGAUUCUCAAUUGUAUAUGCUAAUAAAUAAAGUGUGCAUAUAUUUAAUUAUGCUGCUGUGAUAUUUUCUGACUUGAUGUUUCUAUGUCUCUGUUUUGAUUCCCUGUUUAACGUAUACGUAUCAUUCAGAAUGCUUUUUGGGAAUAAUAUGGUCAUAAAU